GAAGAGUAUCUGAGAACUAACUGUAUUUGUGGUCCCUCUCUGAAUAAAACCAGAGCAGCUUUUAAAAUAACAUUCAUUGGUGGCUCAGGGCUGUCAGUCAAAUGUGGGUGGUAUCAGUUGACAAAUGAGACUUCCAGUAAGUCCUCCUCACAUGCUCUACAACACAGAGUCAACAGGCUGUGCGGGACAUCAGACGGAACAUCACCACGACUGGACAACAUAAACAAACCAGCGCUCCAGCAGACCCGUCCCACCAACUCAACUUUAGCCCCCUUGAAAGACCACUCAGUCGCAGACUUUUUUUUAAACUGCUUCACAUUUCCACCGGCUUGGGAUGUAACUUCCAGUGAGGAUUUUGCGCCCAGGCGGAGCACUGAGACUUUUCUUGAGUUUCUUAACAUUUCAGAGACGUAAGUUUUGACUUAUUUAAAAGGUGUCACACUUAUAUGACAUUGUAAGAACACUCGGUCACCUCUCGACACCAUGGCGGAAGCGGCCCAGCAGCCACACCUGGUGGAAAUCGACCCGGAUUUCGAGCCCCUUUCGCGGCCCCGGUCGUGCACUUGGCCACUGCCCCGGCCGGAGUUCAUCAACCCGGGAGACUCGAACACCUCGUCGCCGGUGCCGUCCGUGAAGCAGGAGCCCGGCGUUGGCAAUGCGGAGUUCAUCAACAAUCUGAGCCUGCUGGAGGAGAAUGAAGACUUCACGGAGCAGAAGCCGGUCAUCCUGUGCAACGAGUUUCAGUGUCAGGAAAACUGCGUCCACCAGCAAGCCCAACAGCAACAUCAUCACCAGCAUCAGCAGCAGCAGCAGCACCCAAACCCGCAACUCCCACAUCAGCAGCAGCAGCAGCAGCAGGUGCCUCUGCUCUCCACCCCGGUGGGCUCCUCACCUUCGGCAGCCGCAGCAGCGGCUGCAGCCGCUGCACAGAGGAAGAGCAGCUCCUCUCGGCGGAACGCAUGGGGGAAUAUGUCAUAUGCAGACCUCAUAACCAAAGCUAUUGAAAGUUCUCCAGAGAACAGACUAACGCUGUCUCAGAUUUAUGACUGGAUGGUGAAAAGUGUGCCUUACUUCAAGGACAAGGGAGACAGCAACAGCUCUGCAGGCUGGAAGAACUCCAUUAGACACAACCUGUCCCUGCACAGCCGCUUCAUCCGCGUCCAGAAUGAGGGGACGGGGAAGAGCUCGUGGUGGAUGUUGAACCCAGAAGGCGGGAAAAGUGGAAAAUCCCCACGACGCAGGGCUGCCUCCAUGGACAACAACAGCAAGUUCUCCAAGAGCAGGGGAAGAGCAGCAAAGAAAAAGCUGUCCCUGCAGGGUGGCCCCGAUGGCAGCGCAGACAGCCCAGGUUCCUAUUCCAAGUGGCCCGGCAGCCCAAACUCCCACAGUAAUGAUGACUACGACGCCUGGAACGGCUUCAGGCCUCGGACCAGCUCCAAUGCCAGCACCGUUAGUGGGCGCCUCUCACCAUUUGUGCCUGAGGACGACCUCGGGGAAUCCGACGUGCACAUGGGCUACCCUGGAGCUCCAGGAUCAAAGAUGACAGCCACGCUGCCCAGCCUCACCGAGAUGACUGGAUCUCUGGGACACAGUUCUGAGAAUGUCAUGGAAAACCUCCUGGACAACCUGAACUUGCUGUCGCCCAACAACUCACAGGUCGGAGGCGGGGCAACGACCCCCGGGUCCUCCCAGUCCUCCCCCUCACCGAUGAUGCAGCCGAGCCCCGGUUACCCGGCCUACAGCUCCCCGAGCAUGGGCUCGCAGUCGCAGCAGGAGUUCCACAAGUGCGUCUACGGCCAAGCUGGGAUGAACACCUUGCCAUCCAUGCCUUUGCAGACUCUGUCAGAAAACAAGCCUGGCUUCGUGCCCGGCAUGGGGCAGUACAGCUGCCCCGCUGGGCUCCUGAAGGAACUGCUGACGUCAGACACCGACCAGCACAGCGAGAUGAUGCCGUCAGUGGACACAGUGGUGUCUCAGUCCAGCGGGAGCUGCAUGCUGCCACCGUACAGCAGCAGCCAGCAUGCAGUCAAACUCAUGGCAGGAGGGAACGCUCACCCGCACGGUCUCUCUCACCCCCACAACGUGCACAGCCAAGGCCAGGCCGCGUCACCAGCUAUGAAUGGCCGCUUGCUCAUGUCGCUGAGCUACAACGGGGGCGGCGCCCGUCUACCUGUCACCAAAAGCCCCAUGCAGAUGCCUUAUGGCCUCCCUGGGCACCUCGGUGGGGGAGCCAUGCCCGGCAGCUUCUGUCCUCUCAACACCAACGGAUAUGGUCGAGCGGGCAUGUCCGUACCAUCGCACAUGGAGAAACUUCCAAGCGACCUUGAUGACAUGUCCAUUGAGAAGUUUGAGAUCGACGUGGAGAGGGUGCUCCAUGAAACGCUCAUGGACGGCGACUCACUGGACUUCAACUUUGAGCCAGUUGUGACCCAGCAAGGUUUCUCACAUGGAGUGAAGACCACUACACACAGCUGGGUGUCCGGGUAGAAAGUGAAGGCAAUCAGAGAUUUACUCAAGUGACACAAUGCUGUUUAGGCAAAGAAAGAAAAUUAAAUAUGAGAUUAAAGUUUCGUAUCCCAAAAAAAAAAAAAAAAAGACAUGCAGCAACAUUUCUGCUCCAAAAUUAUACUUUCAGGCAACAUUAUUUCUGCAGACCCUUUAUGGACAUGUCAACUUCAGAGCCAAUGAAGACAAGAUCAGGAUUUUCUCCAAGUGCCAAACAUUUUGCCUUAACAAGAGAGUCGAACUGAAACACAAACAGUGUCUUGAAAAGGGCUAGUACCCCUUAAAGUUUUUCAUGUUUUAUCACAUUACAAUCACAUACUCAAUUAUAUUUCACUGGAAUUUCAUGACAAAAACCAACACAAUUUAAGAGUGAAUGUGACAAAAAAAAUAAUUCUUGUUCAAGAUGUUUCAUUGCAAUCACUUCUCCAGGUCUUUUAUCAUUGUUUACACAUUUGGAUCUUGACAUAUUUAGAGACUGAUAUUUAUUUGCUCAUUCGUCUUUGUAAAAUAGCUCAAGCCCAAUAAGAUUGGAUGGAGAACAUUUGCAAAUAGUUUUCAGGUGUUGACACAGACUCUCAAUUGUUGGAUUUUAUUGUUGCACUUUGACUGGUCCUUUCUAAAACAUGAAUAUGCUCCAUUCUAGCUUUGAUAGCAGAUUGAGGAUUGUUUUCGUGUUGCUAGGUCAACUUCUUCCCCAGACUCAAGUCUUCUGUAAACUCCAGCAGUAUUGCUUUCAGUAUUGCCCUCCAUUUUUCAACAUCCAUCUCCCCAACAUGGCUCAAAAAAAUGCAUCCCGACAGCAUGAUGCUGACGGCAUCAUGUUUCAGCAUCCAUAUAUUUUCCAGAGGUGAUUGGCAGUAUUAGAAUUCCUUCAUAAUCCCUGCUCUGUAUGCAUGUCAGAAUGUUUAAGUCUAGUUUUAGUCAUACCUGACCAGAGUGACUUCUUCAAUAUAAUCUGUCCCUUUACUUGUGAGAAAUUUUAAACAUUGCAUUGUUGUCUUUCAACAAUGGCAUUAUAAUUGCCAUUUAUCCAUAAAGGCCAAAUUUGAUUCUCUCACCUGAACUGUGGUACCAGUAACUCUUGCAGAGUUACCAUGGGCUUCUUUGUAUUUGCAUAUGGUGCAAAAAGUAAAUAAAUAAAUAUUCCAUUAGAGCUUUUGAUGUUGUUUUAUGAAUUAAUUCUGAUUCCUGCUCACUGGCUUGUUGGGCAUGUUGAUUCUUGAUUUUUAAUAAUGCUGUAAAUAAGCACAGGUGGACUCUAUUUAGUGAUUAGGUGAAGGCAUUCAAUUGGACUGGAUUUAAUUUAGGAAUCUCAGACUAAAGGUGGCUGAAUACAAAAGCACACCACACUUUUCAGCUUGUUAUGUCUAACAGUUUAUAAACUUUGAGUUGUUUUCAUUCCACUUACCAUUUAUGCACAUUUUGUGUUGGUCUGUUGCAUAAAAUCCCAGUAAAAACACAUUGAAGUUUGUUUUUGUAACCUGACAAAAAAUAUUGGAAAAAGUUAUAGGGGUAUGAAUACCUUUGCAAGGCGCUGUAUUUCCAGUUUACACGCAAAAGGUUACAGACACUGCCAAAUACAUCUCAUCAUCGGCACAACAAUCAGAAGAUGGACACCUUCGCAAGCUGUUUGUAAUGUUCCAUCAGUCAAGCUUUUUGUACCAAAAACUGAUUUCAGCUUCUGUCGAACGAUGAAGGUAACGCGUCUUGUGUCUUUUUGGACUGAAGUGCUUAAAAAUGAGAGAUUUCUCAGUGGACUCAGAAUGUUGUUACAUAAGAACAUGCUUGUUGCCUGAGUGUACAUAAUGUAAUCGAACAGUUUGUAAUAUUUGUUCCUUGUUUCUUUUUUUCUUUUUUUUUAUUGAGUUUGUAAAUACUGUUUACAGAAAGGAAAUGAAAAUCAAACCAGCAGAAGUGAGCUCAAAAAUAAAAAUGAAAACUGGAUCUUUUAAUUACACGUUGGGUGAACAGGUCAGUCAGGCUGAUUUCUUGUACAUACUUUGAAAAUGUAUAUUAAAAUGAAGCAGUACAUGUUUACUAGAUAUAGUAUAUAUUUGUGAGCUAAGUUAUUUGAGGUUAAUAUAGAUUUACGCUGGUGCACAAACUGCACUCGGACGUCGGAAUCGUUCUGAGUUAUUCGUCACUCUGAACCUUAAUACCACAGGGGCCUAUUUGUUGUGCCUGAAAUUGUAGAUUUUUGACUGCAGGCUCAGAUAAUAUUGUAAAUGUCUACAGUCCAGGAGAUGCUCAAAUACAGCAGUCUUGAAGAGAGAAAAAAAAAAUAUUUCUAAUCUCCGUUUGCUUUUCUGGAGCUCAAAAGAAAAAAAAAACUUUGUAACUUUGUUGCUGAGGUUUACUGAACACACAUUUAGUGCUGUGAAUGUUACUAGUUCCAGACAGUUUG